GCGUCAUGCAUUCUAAAAGUUAGUUUUUUUUCGCAAGACACUUCAUAGGUGAUUUCUACAGGGAUUCUGGACUUAAAAUAAUGCAAUAAUGGCUAGUUUAAUAGAGCAACCUAUAGCAGUUGAACUAGGAGCAAGUGAGCCAUGGCCAGAUAAUGUCUGCCUUUUCCAGCCAUAUGAAAAUAAACAGAUUUUGCUUCCUGAUGCUGCGUCUUGUGUUAGUGUUCGCACGUUCCUCAAUAUGUGUGGACUGAAGUACACUGUAGAGCUGCGUAACAAUGCAGAAAACAUGUCGCCAUCAGGUAUAGUGCCAUUCAUGAAAAUAGGGCCUUUCCUUAUAUCAGAGCUUGAUCCAAUUAUAGCCUUUAUCAAUACAAAGGGUCAUCACCUGAGUGACAACCUCAAUGAUUCAGAGAGAGCAGAGAUGAGAGCUUAUAUGUCUCUAAUUGACAAAGUUAUGGUGAAUGCUGAGCUCUAUUUAACAUGGUGUGAGACCACUACUUAUACAGAGGUGACUAAAAUUAGGUACGGCUCCCCCUACCCUUGGCCUCUGAAUAUAAUUUUGCCUUGGAAGCGACAGAUGGAGAUCGGGCGCAAACUGAAGGCUCUUGGCUGGGCACAGAAGACAUAUGAAGAGGUCUGUGAGGAGGUUAGGACGUGUUGCUCAGCACUUUCGGAAAGGCUAGGCAAUCAGCAAUAUUUCUUCGGCAAUCGACCAUCUGAGAUCGAUGCCCUAGUUUUCGGUCACUUAUUCACUAUUUUAUCAACUUCACAACCUAAGAUGGACUUAGCUCACAUUGUUGGUGAGUUUGAAAACCUUGCAGCAUUCUGCAUUCACAUUGACAAUAAAUACUUCACAGAGAUUUGGCGUAAUGACAGCACAGCUGAAAUUCAGCGCCACCAGGAGGGCAAUGGACAAACUAGCAAUGGAGAAAAUAGUGACGAUAGUUUUGUUAAACUGAAUGGAGAUUAA